AUGUCGUCUGCAUGCGAUUCAUCAUUACUCCGUAUUAGCAUUAUCAUGAGAAAUACAUUUAGUAUCGUUUCCAGCAUGGAUUCUGACUUAGAGGCGUUCAGCCAUUAUCCAGCAAAUGGUAGCUUCGCGGCAUUGGCCUUUCAACCAGCCGCAAAUACCAAUUAUUUGAAUGAAGGGUUCCUCUCGUACUGA